AUGUCUUUCUCCAGCCUCGUUCAGGAUCUCAGUCUGCGUGACUCCAAUGGUCCUGCCCCCCGCCGACCCGGCCCCCCACCUUCUCAGGCUUCUACCAUGGACGACCGCACAUCCCACAUCUCGCGGGCCAUGUCAUAUGCGAGCACUGCCGCCACCAGUGUGAGCAUCUCUGGGGAUAUCUCCAGCCAACUUCAUGGAGGCUACUUCCAUCCUCUAGCCCGUGCCUGGCAAGCCGAGCGACAGCUGACCAAGUCCAUGCUUAUCUACCCUCUCUUCAUUACCGACGGCGAUGACGAUAUGGUUCUGAUUCCCUCGCUUCCGGGACAACACCAGCUGGGCAUCAACAAGCUUGUUGCUCUCCUUGAGCCUCUUGUCCGCAAGGGCCUCCGAUCCGUCAUCCUCUUCGGAGUGCCCAUGAAGCCAGGAAGCAAGGACGCCCUGGGAAGUGCUGCUGACGACCCCGAGGGUCCCGUGAUCCGAGCCAUUCGCCUGAUCCGCCGCCGUUUCCCGCAAAUGUUCAUCUGCACCGACGUGUGCCUCUGCGAAUAUACCUCACACGGCCACUGUGGCAUUCUUCGGGAUGAUGGCAGCCUCAACAACCAGCUCUCCGUCGAUCGCAUUUCCGACGUUGCUAUUGCAUACGCCAAGGCUGGUGCUCACUGCGUUGCACCUUCCGAUAUGAAUGAUGGCCGUAUCCGGGCCAUUAAGCUCAAGCUGAUUGAGGAAGGGAUUGCUCAUAAGACUGUCCUGAUGUCCUACUCGGCCAAAUUCUCUGGUUGCCUCUACGGCCCGUUCCGUGACGCCGCUGGCUCGGCUCCAUCAUUUGGUGACCGCAAGUGCUACCAACUUCCACCUGGAGGACGCGGACUCGCUCGCAGGGCGAUGCAGCGUGACAUCGGUGAGGGUGCUGAUAUCAUCAUGGUCAAGCCAGCCAGCCAGUACCUCGACAUUAUCAGUGACGCCAAGGAGAUUGGUAAAGACAUGCCUGUAGCGGCCUACCAGGUUAGUGGCGAGUUUGCCAUGAUUCAUGCUGGUGCCAAGGCUGGUGUUUUCGACCUCAAGACCAUGGCAUUUGAGUCGACGGAGGGCAUUCUGCGAGCUGGCGCUACCAUCAUUGUCAGCUACUUCACCCCUGAGUUCCUCGACUGGUUGGAACACUGA